AGUAGCAAGAUGUUUUUAUUCCUCUCUCUGUUAUAUUUUGUGGCUGGUUCAAAAGUAGAAGAUGGUUCAAAACCUCCUCACAUUGUCUAUAUACUUGCAGAUGAUUUGGGAUGGAACGACGUCAGUUUCCACGGGUCUGACCAGAUCCCCACCCCCAACAUUGACUCUCUGGCCUACAAUGGGGUGAUUCUCAACAGACACUACACUCAGCCUCUGUGUACUCCUUCCCGGGCCUCCCUCAUGACUGGCAAAUACGCUGUGCACACAGGUUUACAUGAUGCUUUACUACCAACUCACAAGGCAGGUCUUCCACUGACAGAGAAGAUUCUUCCUCAGUAUCUGAAGGAGCUUGGAUAUUCCACACAUCUGGUGGGCAAAUGGCAUCUCGGGUUCUACAAAAAGGAGUUUACACCUUUACAGAGAGGGUUUGACUCUCACUUCGGCUACUGGUCUGGAGCAAUCAGUUACUACGACCACAUCGAUGAAAACCCGAUUCCGACGCUCAACUACAGCGGCCACGACAUGAGGAGAGGCUACUCCUCGGCGUGUGACAUGGUAGGUCAGUACGCUACAGAUCUGUUCACCAGAGAAGCUGUCCGUGUGAUAGAGAGCCAUGAGCCAGACAGGCCGAUGUUCAUGUUCAUGGCUCACUUGGCCUCUCACGCUGGCAACCAGGGCAAGUGGCUAGAGGCUCCUCAGGACGAGAUCAACAAGUUCUCCUACAUCAGCGAUCCCAACAGGAGAACUUACGCAGCUAUGGUCUCCAAACUUGAUCAGUCUGUUGGAAGUGUGAUCACUGCCUUGGAGAGGAAAGGAAUGUUGAAGAACUCCAUUAUAGUUUUCCUCUCAGACAAUGGAGCUCCAAACAUUGGAGUUUACCAGAACUGGGGGUCCAACUACCCUUGGAGAGGACAAAAAGCUACACUGUGGGAGGCUGCAGUUAGAACUCCUUCUCUCAUCUGGAGUCCGCUGAUUGGCAAACCUUCCAGGAUCUACAAUGAUCUGAUGCAUAUUUCAGAUUGGCUACCAACACUGUUGAGUGCAGCAGGCUACAAAGGCAAGAUUUCAGACAUAGAUGGGAUUGACCAGUGGAGAGCUUUAUCUAGAGGCUACCCAGGGCCGAGGGAAGAAGUUAUCAUCGAUGUUGAUGACAAAAAGAAGAUGGUUGCUGCAAUUUACAAAACUUUUAAAUACGUUAAAGGACCAUCAAGAGGAGGCCCUGAAGACAUGUUUUUGAACACAAACACAAUAUUCUCUCCCAGGCAACCCAAGUACAACCUGAGGACUGUGAUUCAAUCACCGACAUGGCAAGCUGUCCAGAAACAUAUGAAAACUCUGAUCCCAAUCGAUGGUAUCUACCAACUAAGACACCAAGCAACUAUCACUUGUUAUCAUGACUUUGACCAAGCGAUGGAAUGUGUAGAUCAACCUUGCUUGUUCGACAUCCUUGAGGACCCUUGCGAGCAAUACAACAUUGCUGAAGAGCUACCGGUGGCAACACAACACAUAGAACGACAAGUUAUCGACCCCUUCAGGAAAGGAGCUGUUGUGAUUCCACUAAUAGAGGACCCAGAGUCUAAUCCUGAGAACUUUGAUGGGGAUUGGAGUAUUUGGGUGGAAUGAAACCAGUUUUAGUGACAUUAAAUGAAUAUUGUUUUCCGAUCAAAACAUCUUUUUUCAUAAACUAGUAGCGAGCACCCCAUUUCAAUGAAAAAAGUGAAAAAAAGUUUAAAUGAUAGUUCUGUGAUGUGUAAAAAGUAGUAAGUGAAGUAAAUCAGUAUAAUACAUG